CUGCGAUGACAAAUUUGUCAGUAAAAGGCAAAUGACGACAAGAGAAAAAAGUAGAACAAUAAAUCCUCUUAAAAGAAAAACUAAAAAUAUUGAAGAGACUGUAAACAGUGUCACAAGUGACAAGAAAAGAAAAAUGCAGAAUUUGGACGAGUCUAUGAAUUCGCCUCGAAGUCUUUCGACGACGUAUUCCUCUGACGAAGAGAUAAAAGAUAAGAAAAGUCCUACCAAGGAAGAACUUAUAAAGUUGUUAGAGAACGCCAACAAUAAAAUUACACAAUUGCAAUCCACAUUGGAAGUUACAUCAUUACCAUAUAACAAUAACAAUACCGAAUCCCAGAAACGACAAUUUGUAAAAGAAAAUGAAACUGUUAGCGUUGCAAGUGAGGAUGAUGAAACUGCUAGUGUUGCAAGUGAGGAUGAGGAAAAACAGGAGUCAAUAGAAGAUCAUCUUGUUAAAAACACAAAUAAUAUGAGCGAUCAUGAAGUCGAAAACUAUUACGACGAUGCACAACUUUUUGGCGCCGAUUGGGCAAACGAUAAUAUGGUUGUAUUAAAAACCGGUAUUUAUUGCAAAAAACGAAUGCUAGAAGCUGCUCUUUCAACGGCAAAAAAAGCAUCGCAUNUUGCUCGGCAAUUAAUACCUGCGGUUUUUAAACCCGAGGCAAUUGUAAAUUCAACGUUAAAAGGUCAAAGUCCCAGAGUGACAAAACGACAAAAUCCGCCGAUACAAGUAAACUGCCUACACGGCAUUGCAAAAGACGCCAUAAUUGAUUUUUCAAUUAAGUUCCAGAAAGAAACAUUGGCCUGAGCAGAGUAUAAAAGAAAUCAAACAAGCAAUGACGCAGAAGGUCGGCGAACUGAAGAGACAAGCAGCAAAAAAUGAUGUUAAUUAAAAAAAAUAAUUAAUUUUUAUAUUAUUAACUAUAUAUUACAUUUUCAAUAUUUUUUUAUACUUA